AUGGCCAACGCUUCCAACCUUCUCCUUCUCACGGCUCUUCUAGCUCUGACUACGCCGUUCAUGGCUAGUAGCUUUCGGCCUUUGAAUAACCGAAUCACCUCUAGAUCAAAUCUUGCAGCCAGGUUGAAAUUGGAUGGGAAAUCAUCAAAUUGCUGGGACUCCUUGAUUCAUUUGAAGGCAUGUAGUAGUGAGGUCAUCGUGUUCUUUAUAAAUGGCCAGACUUACUUGGGACAAGGUUGUUGCCUAGCCAUUCGGACCAUUGAGCACCAGUGUUGGCCUGCCUUGCUUGGCUCCCUAGGGUUUUUCCCAGAAGAGACUGACAUUCUCAGAGGUUACUGCUAUGCUAAUCAACUCGAAACCUCACCGACACUACCACGACCCUUUGAUGAGUCUACUGGAAAAUUUGUUCCUGAUCUGGAGAAAUAUAUUCCAUGA